AACCAGUUAGUGUGCAGGGGAUGAAAAAGUUUUAGCCAAUAAGAAUUCAUAACCUGGCUAGUUGCCUUUUACUAGACAUAUAAAUUAUCAGCAUUGUAGGCUUAGUUAAAGCAUAUUACCUUACAGAGAUGAUAAGGCUGACUAUGUCUUUCUACAGUUACAUUGUAUUACUUUGUUUCAUUGAAUAUUCCUGUGCCAAACCACAUCUAGAACCUGUGAGUCGACGAGAUACAGAACAUUUUGUCAAUGAUCCAGAAAGACAUGAUAUUGAAUUUGAUCAUAAUGCCUUCUUGGGUGAAGAGGUCGCCAAGGAGUUCUCUCGAUUGACACCAGAUGAAAGUGAAGAAAAAUUGAAAAAUAUUGUUAGGAAAAUCGAUAAAGAUAGCGAUGGGAGAAUUACUGAAGCAGAAAUGAAUUUUUGGAUUAAAUAUGUAGCAGAAAAAGCUAAAAUGAACAGUACAGAACGUCAGUGGAAAGAUGCAAAUCCCACUGGUCAGCCUACAAUUAAAUGGGAAGAGUAUCUGGAGAAAACUUACGGACGUGAAGAAGAUAGACUGAGAGAUGAAGCUACUGCUGAGUCCUAUAAAGAAGCUGUUCGUCAUGAUCGUCGACGAUGGGUUGCUGCCGAUAUCAAUAAGGAUAAUGAGCUGAAUAAAUCAGAGUUCACGGAUUUUGUACAUCCCGAAGAUAGACCACAUAUGCGGGAUGUUAUCAUUGAUGAAUUGCUUGAGUCUGUUGACAAAGAUAAAGAUGGAUACGUAUCUGAAAAAGAGUAUUUAGCUGAUCUUGCGCGUGCCUAUCAAAGCACUCCACUGAGCGAGAAUGAACCUGAACCAGAAUGGGUUGAACGUGAACGAGGUCAAUUCCGUCGAUUCAGGGAUAUCGAUCAAGAUGGUAAAAUGGAUAGGGCAGAAGUUGGUGAAUGGAUAAUGCCGACGAACUAUGAUCCAGUCGAUGCAGAAACAAAACACUUAUUUUAUCAUGCUGAUACUAAUAAAGAUGGAUUAUUAUCUGAAGAAGAAAUUAUCAUGAAACGUGACAUCUUCGUCAGUAGCCAGGCUACAAAUUAUGGAAGCGCACUUCAACAUCAUGAAGAACUUUAAAUCUAGCACAAAUAUUUUAACAGACUUUCAAAAGUCGUAACACUUGAAACUUUUAUUAAUUCAGUGAAGUAUUUUCAUUUUUUGGAAUUUUCGGGUGUUUGUGUGUGUGUUUCCUUUUCGGAAUGUCUACAGUAUCUCGUUUUUGUAAGAUGGAAAGGCAUGCAAGUGACGUAUCUGAUGAAGUGAAAAAAAAUUUAACUUAUUCAUUGGUUAUUUGGUGUUGUUUUUUUUUUUGUCUUUUCUGAAAUUGUCUUUCUUUAAAUUUGCCUUUCUAAGUAAUUUGCAUAUCAAUGCAUUCUUGUCAAUUAUGCUUCAAGUUAUGCUGGUUCGUUAAUAUAAAAAGAAGAAAAGUAAACUGGAC